CGACGCCAUAUUUACUCCUCUCUUUUUUCGAACUUUCUUCUCUUUUUGGUCCUUCUUGUCUUUUGGACUCUCACUUUUAAAUUUCGUAUGGCAGUGGUUAGUGAGGAGGUAGAGAGAGAGACACACACAGAGAUGGGUCUGCUCUCCCACAGAGUUGAAAAAAGCGAGAUCGUAGCAGGCGACCAUAUCUACACUUGGCGAGUUGCUUUCACUUACUCCCAUCACGGCAUCUAUGUGGGUGGAAACAAGGUUGUUCAUUUUAAUCGCGAACAAAAUAUCGGUCCAAGUUGGUUUUCAUCUCUCAGCUCCUUUGAUCCCAGUUCAGAGUCUGCUCCCGACUUCUCUGCUUCAAGUUCAAAGGUCCUAGCAACCUGUCCAACUUUUCCCGACUGUGGUUUUCGGCAACCUAAGAGUGGGGUAGGGCUCUCUUGCUUGGAUUGCUUCCUUGGUGAUGGAUCCUUGUAUCGCUUUGAAUAUGGAGCCACCCCGUCAAUAUUCCUUGCCAAAUUCCGAGGUGGCACGUGCACCACUGCCGAGUCUGACCCACCAGAAACAGUGAUCCAUAGGGCCAUGUAUCUGCUUCAAAAUGGAUUUGGAAACUAUGACGUGUUUAAGAAUAACUGCGAGGAUUUUGCUUUGUACUGCAAAACAGGUCUUCUGAGUCUUGACCAAACAGCUCUGGGAAGGAGUGGUCAAGCAGCAUGUGUUGUUGGUGCUCCAUUGGCAGCCCUUCUUUCUUCUCCUCUGAAGUUGUUUAUGUCGAGUCCUGUUGGUCUGGUCACAGCAACAGCCGUAAUGUAUUGUAUGAGCAGGUAUGCUACAGAUGUUGGGGUUCGAACUGAUGUUAUUAAGGUGUCAGUGGAGGACAUUGGUUUGUUUCGUGGUCGGAAGAGAUCAAAGGAACUUGCUGAAGACACCGAAAGCUGUGAAGCACAGGUUGCGAUUAUUCCAACUGAUACUCCAGCUUCUAAGCGGCAUAGAUAUAGAUGAUGUGAAUCAGCAUGUAUUAUUUCUCGCAUGUCACUGAUAAACAUAUCAUUUACAGAACCCAAACAAUGUGUACUCAAGUUCUGGAUUGUCUUCAUGUUUGCUUUAGAAUUUUGUAUACAUGGUAAAUAUAAGAAUUGGCAAGAUUUCUGAGUCUAAUUCCUUUCGCAGGGCUCCAAAAACAUAGAGCAAUUGGGUUUA